AUGAUAAAGAAACUCAGUAUUAAUCAUAAUAAUAAUAAUAAUAAUAACAACAAUGCUGGUCACAUGAUAACAACAAUAAACAACAACAAUAAUAAUAAUAAUAACAAUAAUAAUAGUAGUACUAUAAUUAUAAUUAAUAAUAACAAUUAUAACAAUUAUAUUAAUGGUAGUUGUUAUUUGGCAGCAUUACCAGACUUGAUGCUAUUGAAUAUCAUAAAGUUUAUAGAGCAAGAUAUUGAUUUGAUCAGUCUUUUAUUGUUUACGAGUAAGAGAUUUCUAAAGUUUACACAACCAUCCUACAACAAUAGGAUUAGAUUUAAACAACUACAAUACUUUAACAAUGACUUUAUGACUCCACCUCCACCUCGUUCACCAACAUCAUCACCAAGAGGAAAUGCAAAUUAUCGAACAAAAUUCAAUACAUCACCAUCACCUCCUUUAUCUCCAGUUGGACCUCCAACUCAACCUCCAGCAUGGGCAACACUUACUGCUUUAUCUGCUCUUGUUAUCCCUCCUCCUCCUUCUUCUUCUUCUUCUUCCUCGUCCUCCUCAUUAUCAUCAUUAUCAUCAUCAUCAUCGACCAAUACCUCAACGACUUGUCCUCCAACAACAUCAUUUUACCUAAAUUCUUUAAAAGCAAUAUACCAAUCAUCGAUCAACCAACUUUACCUCAGAUUCUGUGAAAACACUUGCAAUAAUAAUAAUAAUGCAAAUAAUUCUCCACGCAAUUCGCCUCGAAACCAUUCUCCCCGAACAACAAAUAAUAAUAAUAAUAAUAAUAACAAUAAUAAUAGUUUCUAUAACAAUUAUGAAGAUAUUAAAGAUUUAAUCAUACAUUUUACCAAUUCUUCGCCUAUUAAAACGAUACCAACCAGUUUGAGACUCUAUCAAAACUGUACAUCUAUUUGCUUUAUUAGCACCUUUAGACAACAUCCAAUCAUUAUUCACCCAGAGAUACUACCAUUAUCUCUAAUAAACCUUUCGAUAGAGGGUGACUACAAGUUUAUAGUCAAUUCUAAUCUUGCAAACUUUGGACUUCCACAAACACUAAAGAGUAUUUCAGUGACUCUUCCACAGACCAUCCUCUCAUUGAAACCAUUGCCCAUUCAAAUGGAAUCGCUUCGAGUAGCAGACUCAAAGAAUGUGGUCAACAUGCAAGCAAACUUGGGGCUCUCACAUCAAACGCCACGACACGAUCUAGGAGCAGCAAUUAUAACAGAAUUGCAGGUAUACAACACGAACCUAAGGCACUUGGAUCUAGCAGGCGUUAUGAUUAGUUUAUCUGGUGUACAGUCGCUCUUUCCAUCUACCCUCACACGUCUUCAAUUCCAUACGAGUCAUUUUAUAGACACUCACCUAUUGCCACAAUCUCUUACCUCUCUGUGUAUUUCUACAUUUAUGGAUAAUGGGCCUUUGGGUGGUAGUUUACUUCAUCUAGAUCAGUUGGUUAACCUUUCAAUUAGGAUAAACUAUUGUGGUUGUUUCCUAAACUCUCAAUUGCCACAGUACCUAAAAUCUCUCAAAUUUAUUUGUCAAAAUACAAUAAAUUUCCCACCACUAAACACCAAUAAUAAUCAAUAUAAUGAAAAUAAUAAUAAUAAUAAUAAUCAAAAUAAUCAAAAUAAUAAUCAAAAUAAUAAUAACCAAUCAACAACAUUUGAACAACAAACUAUAUUACCAGUACCAACAUUAAUAUUACCAUCCACCAAUGGUGGUAGUGCAUUGGAAUCACAAUUAUUUUCCAUUCCCAUGUCAUUGGAAAAGCUAAAAGUUCGUGGGAAUUUGAAUAGAUUUGAAAAGAAUUGUUUUCCUCCUCAUCUAUCAAAGUUAAAAUUAAAAAGUUUAUCAAACUUUAGGAUCACCCACAAUAUAAUACCACCGUCUGUCAAAGUGUUGACACUCUGUCACUGUCGAUUAACAGAUGAUCAAUGCAUUCCUGAAGGUGUACAAAAGGUAUUGCUUUUUUCAUGUAGAUUUGAUAGUAUCAAGGGAAUAUUACCAAACUCUAUUACCGACUUGGCCAUCUAUAACCAACAAUUUGAAAUGGCUCCAAAUGGUAUAGAGUUUUCAAACAUGUUGGAAAAACUCACGCUUCAGGUAGUUGAUAAAUCAUUUUCCUUUCCAACAAGCAUUGCUAAAAGUCUUGGUUCACUUUUUGUUGGCCCCAAUAUCGUUGACAUUUUUGAACAACCACCACCAUCAUUAAUGUCGUUGAAGCAUUUAUCGUUUCAAGUAACAACUUUAAGAGAUGCAGGAAUGAUCCACACUGGCGUUUUAGAGGAUGGAAUCGUUCAAUUCAUUGGUAACAAUUUUAAAUGGGUUGAUGUAGGCACAGUAUCAACUAUUAACUUGCAGAGUGAUCGAUAUAUGUAUGGUAACAUGAAUAUGAUUCGCAUAGACGACAUCAUUCAACACACCAACGUCAAUCUUUUGACAAUCAAUUUUAAAGGUGGUCUUGGAUUUAAAUUUAAUUUCAAAAGACUUUCAUCAUUGCCCACUACUAGUGGUAUCGAUGCAAAAGGAAAGAGUAAACAAUUUAUUUUGGUAACAGAACAAUCCUCUCUUUGUGGUGGCGUGGUUAAAAUACAAAACGGUAGUAGAAUUUAUCUACAAAAAUCAGAUGACAAGUACAAUAUCAAAAAUGUUGCUGUCAAGAGUAUGAAAGAAAAAGUAAAACGUUAUCUAGCACACUUUUAA